UCAACAACCGGUCGCCAGCUGAAGGCAGACAAGCCAGACGUGAGUUCCACAGCAUCCAGCACCUCAUAGGCUAAUAGCCUACUAAUUUAAAGAUUUGAUAAGACAAUAGUAGAACGAUGACACAACCGAUUCAACUAUCAUUGACGAGGUGAGGUGAGGUACGGAAUAAGGAAUUUAUUUGGAGCCCUUGACCUAGCCUAUAUUUUUGUUUUCUUGAUAAAAUGCCGACCACAAGGGUCAUCAAGCAAAAGCCUGUUAUUGAAACGAAAACAAGAGUCGUCGAAGAGAAAACAAAACUGGUUGAAACGAAACCAGCAUCGAUAUCUCAACUCAAAGUCACAGCUCCUCGCAAACCGCGGGCGUCGAGCUGUCCGCGAUGUAUCCAUAGUAACCGAUGCGAGACCACGAACACCCAUCAGCAGGGCAAGUUGUGCGCCCCCAGGUGCGAUAGGAGAGCGAGGUCAACCUCCACCGCUCCCAAAUCAACACUCUCCUCUUCGAAAUCAGCUGUGCUCUGUCAAAAACCAACAGCCACAUCUCCAAAAUCAACUGUAACUUCUUCAAAGUCUAAAGAAGCAGCUCAGGUGGCGCAGAAAGAAGAACGCACGUCGAGACCCAGGGCACACUAUGCCAUUCAGAGUCACAAAGCGUUCACGGUCAUCCCCCCUAACCCCAAGAAAAGAAUAGAGAUCCAACAAAAGGCGGAGGCGGAGCUGGCUGCUCUGGAGGAUCUGAGGCUGAGCAGAGCCAUACCCUACGUCUCCAUUGACCCCAGCAGUGUUGGUGGGUGUCUGAGUCUGGAGGAGGUGCGGCUAAAGCAGCAGCAGGAAAUGCAGGCCAGGAGGAGGCAGAGACAGAUGAAGAAAUAUAUGUUUGAGACAUCACCAGUGGUGUUGGGAUGAAGACUGAGCCACAGAGAGACAGAAAGCUUAAGUUAUCAUUAAAGUGCAGACGCAUCAUCAUCAUGUGAAUGAUGGUUGUUGCCUGUAUGUCUAAGUCCAGCACUGGGAUCACACAUUGUCUAAGUCCAGCACUGGGAUCACACAUUGUCUAAGUCCAGCACUGGGAUCACACAUUGUCUAAGUCCAGCACUGGGAUCACACAUUGUCUGUCCAGCACUGGGAUCACACAUUGUCUAAGUCCAGCACUGGGAUCACACAUUGUCUAAGUCCAGCACUGGGAUCACACAUUGUCUAAGUCCAGCACUGGGAUCACACAUUGUCUAAGUCCAGCACUGGGAUCACACAUUGUCUAAGUCCAGCACUGGGAUCACACAUUGUCUAAGUCCAGCACUGGGAUCACACAUUGUCUAAGUCCAGCAUUGGGAUCACACAUUGUCUAAGUCCAGCACUGGGAUCACACAUUGUCUGUCCAGCACUGGGAUCACACAUUGUCUGUCCAGCACUGGGAUCACACAUUGUCUAAGUCCAGCACUGGGAUCAUUGUCUACGAUGUUUCAGUGUCACACUGCAUUAUUUUACAUUUUGUAUCAAAUAGAUAUCAUGUUAGUUUCAUUUAGUAAAAAAAACAAUUGUUAAGUAGGUUACAAAAGUUUUACAUCCAUCCUUCUGUGUUUAGUGAGUAUCACAAUGAACUGUACAAAUGGUUGUUGUUCUCAUGUACUGCAUGGCUACAGAACAUGGUACUGCUCUUCUUUACCCCCAUCAUCAUUCAGGCUUUCUAUGUUUAUAAAGUAACACAUGUGAAUAAAACCUUC